AUGAGAACCAUGAAGGAUGAACUCUUCAGAUGGAUCUGCGAGAAAUACGCAACGGACAGCUUCCUGGACAGACGAAUCGUCCGGGAAAAAGCUCUGGAGCUGACGAAGACCCAUGGACUCAGCAGUUUCAAGUGCUCGAACAACUGGAUCACCAAUUUUCUCAAGGACCAUGGCUUCUCCGCGGACCUGACGAACCGCACCGGUCCGAUAUUCGGCAACUAUCGGGACUGGAUCGAUCUGAUGAGGUCCACGAUAGUCAAGUACAAGCACAGCGAUCUGUUUCACGCGGACGAGCUGACCAUGUACUCCGACGCGCUCCCCACGAUGAUGGAGACCACCGGUUGUACGGAAUUGCCGAGGAAUCGGGUGACGGUCCUGUUGGGCUGCAACUCCUCGGGGACAACGAAACUGCCGCUCCUGAUCUGUGGAUCCUACCCGUCCAGGACAACGACCAAGGAUCACGUUUACUGCCACAGCCAGGAUUCCUCGAUCAGCGACGAGCUGUUCAGCGGUUGGCUGUCGACCGUGGACGAUCGUAUGUCGAGGUGCAACAGCAAGAUCUUGCUGUUCCUGAAACGGAACAGAGCACGCGCAGCUCGUGAUUUACCGUUGACCAACACGAGUAUCGUUUACCUGCCCGAUGAUUUCCCGCCGUACCUGCGACCGUUGCGAAGGGACGUUUUCCAUUACGUAAAGAUGAUCUUCAGACGAAGGUACGCGGAAAGAUUGAUGCGGUACACCUCGGAAUGGAACCUCCGCGACGUCCUGGAAUCGUUGAUCGACGCUUGGGAAAGGGUACCGCAAGAGACCAUCGUCUACAGCUUCCAGAGGACGCGUUUCAGGAUCGACGAUUGCUUCAUGCGAAUCGACUGCGAUUGCUGGCCGAGCUUGAACACCGGCGUCUCGUUCAAGAGGUUCGUGACGUUCGACGACGAUCUAUCGGACGAUCGUUGGUCCGUCGAGAGGAGCAAUCGACAUCACAGUUACAAUCUCAGAGCGAGCAACAGGGACGCGGCGCAAGUUAAGAAGGACGAGGCGAGUUGUGCGCCGCAGGACGACGAGGAAAUCGACCGGAAACCAGACUGCGCCAUGGUAACGGAUUCCGGGGAACCCCCGGACGCUAAGAACCGAGUCGAAAGGCAAAAUUGGCUGACGAAGUCUCGGAAAAGAGCUUACAGCGAGAUUCAAUGCUCCUCGAAAAAGCAAAGCGACGAUCGCGAGACGAUCGAAGACGCAAGCAUCCCGAGUACCUUUGCGACGAAGGAUCCGAGAGUCGAUCGUUCGCGAUCGAUUGGCGACGAGGCAUUCAAACGAGGGACGCAUCAAAGACGCCGAGCUAUCAUAGACAAAGCUUUCGCUUUGACAACGUCCGGUAAAGCUGACUUGGCCAAGAAGCUAAUUGACAAUGUCUACGCGUCCAACCAAGAGGCCAGGAAGCACUUUGGUCGUCAAGACGAUAUGGAGACCGGAUGCAGCUACGUACCGGAAGAAGAAACUGUGGAACCGAUUCUUUCGAAUGCGUUGGUCGAAUCGGAUCGGCCAUCUACUUCCACGAACGACUGGGAGGCUCUGUCGGAAACCAUCACGCAAAACGCCUACGAAGUAAUCAGGAGCCAUCCGGUCGAAGAAUUAAUCAAGGGAAACGAAACGUUAUCGAAACAUCUGGACGGUUUGGAGGAACGUUCCGACAGCAGCGAAAGUAGCGAGAAAAAGAUGAAAACGGACCACGACUGGUCGAAGCAGUACGAAACCACUUUCGUUUUCGGUUUAUCCGGCUCGCCGAAUGCCACGAGUUGCUCCUCCGGGCAGCAUCAUGGCGACGAAAAUAUCGUCGAACCGUGCACCUUAAACGCGACGCCGUCUGCCUCGCCGAGAAAUUAG